AUGAGUUCAAGUGAUAUCGAUAGUAAUGAUGACAGUCAAGUAGAUCUUUUAAAGACCAGCAAAGAUGAUAAUUGCCCAAAGUUCGAAGAUUGUUUUAGUAAGUUUUCAGAUAAAUCUGACUUUCCUAAUCCACAUAAUGGAUCAAUUGUAUAUACAUCACUUGAAUACGCAUUAGUAUCAGUCAUUCUUGAUAAUAAAAAGGAAAAUAAAGGAAUUCCAAUCGAAAUAUUAAAAUCAAAAUCACUCGGAAUAUGGUAUAUGAACUUAAAUUCAGAAUGUUCUCAAAUAACAGACACAACAGUCAAUGUGGAACUGGCUAAAAACUCAUUUGGAAAGUUUAAUUUUAUAAGAAUCGAAGAUGAUUUAGUUGUAACAGAUAUAACUCAAGUUCCAUCACAUUUCAAAUACAUCUACUCCAAAAAGAAUAAUAAAACUCUCUCACAUUUCUUAAAUAAAGUUAUUAAAACAAUUCCAUCACUUGAAGAGAAUUCAGCUUCCUCAUUCUACACGCAUUUGACUGGCCAACGCGUUUGUUGGUCCUUACAGUUAAAUAUAUUUCUAAAGAAAAUUCAAUCAAAUUUCAUCAAUUAUUCACUUGAGAAGCUUGGAAAAUACGUAGUUGAAGACGCUAUGAUGGUUAAAACUGAGAGGAAAACGUUAAGAUAUAAAAAAGAAGAAGAACAGUUAUUAUACGAAUAUCUCUAUGAAUAUAACUAUUUAGCGCCCAUGUAUUACGUAGAUCUCAUGAAUUUUGCACAUUACUGCGAUUUGUUCCUUGAAAUUACUGAUGAAAAUGAAUUUUUGAAAAGAUUUUUGAAAAUUGAAAAUACAUUUAAGAAAGAUUCAUAUGUAGGAUUCAAAAUUGACUUCGAUAAGAAGCUACUGGACGUUUCAGAAAUCGAAAAUCCUUAUUUGGAUCAAAAAAUUCUUCAAUUUUAUAAAAAAUCUGGUUCUCCAGAGUUCCUGCUUGAAAACAUCCAAAACAGAGUUUCAGAAGAUGAUUUGACCACAAUUUUACAGAGUCCGGCUUCAUUUUAUUACUCAGAUACAGAAACAUACGCAAUAAUACCUGAUUAUGCUUUUAUUGCGAACUACAGAUGUUUGUAUCUGCAAGACUAUAUUAACAAAGUUACUUCUUUGAUGAUAAAACAAAAUAAUUAUGAUUUCGAAAAAUUGGAUAUGGAAUCAUUGGAUGAUACCAUAAUUCCAACAGAUACUGAUCAAUUUCAGAAGGUUUCUGAUAUUGAUAAAAGCCUAAUUCGAGAAUUAUUGACUGGAAAACCAAAUCCAGAGUUAGAAACGAAUUCUUUACCUUCAAAAAUUGAUUAUUCCAAUGUAAAGAAGCUAACAAAGCAAGAUAUUCUCGAUUUCUUCUCUAAAAAACAAAAUGAAGUGAUAACAAUUUUAGAUGAUGAGCCAUUACUAAAGAUUUCCAUUUCAAACAAAAGAUCUACCUCAACACCUAAAAAGAAGAAGUCCCAAAAGAAAGGAAAAAAGGAACUUGCGGCAGAAAUGCAAGAUUCUCAAGAGCCUCCUCGUAGAAAGAGAGGUAGACCAAGGAAACAUCCACUCGUUACACCAGACCAAUCUAAAAACGAUGACGUUGUCUUAAUUCAAGAAAUAAAAUCGUCAUCGAAGCCAAAAACAAGUUUCAAGCCAAACAAAACAGCUAGAAUAGUAUCUGACCGUUCGUACUCGUUUAUGGAAGAUGAAGAUGACGAAAUUCCGAAAUCUAAAUCUUCAAAUGCAAUUCUUCCAAAGAUUCUUCCAAAAUUCUCGGACUAUGAUGAUGAGGAAGAAUCUAUAAGCGAAUACGACCUUAUUGACUGGGAAGAACCGACAUUAAUUUCAAAAUUAAAAGAAUGUGAACCAGGAGUAAUUUUCAACAAAUUACCGAAGGUUUCAUUGGAUAUUGAUGCUAACCCCAGGCCUGAAGAUAUGAAUUUUUAUACUAAUAGUAAUCCAAUUCCUCCAUUAAGAAUUGCCAUUCAAGAUCUUGUGAAAUCAAAUUCGUUUUCAAUUGACUUGGCCAUAGAACGUCUUUGGCCGGUUUAUGGAGCCAAAUUCAGCGGUGUUGACUCAUUUAUUGAACAAAUUUGGUAUCACCUUGGAGAAUUGGAUGCAUGUGUUAAUUAA